GGCAGCAGGGAUGGCACGACCCUUGUAUCAGAAUAGAAGCCGGUAAAGAGCAGGUCUUGUGUCGAACCAAUCAAGGAACAUCUAUCACCUGUCAGGACCGGCGCUUAUGCAAAAACGUUGAAAAGAAGCCUUGGGUUGCGCAGUGGAUGAGAGUAAAUGAGGAGCACAUCUGUCGAAUUCGACUCCGGAUCGUGAGACAGGUGGCGCUGUCACAGUUCGCAAGUGCGAUCGAAGUGCAUAUCCAUUUCGGAUCAUCAGCCCCGUCAGAAACUGCAGCUGGUCCACCUGCCACCCAGUCCAAGCCCUGCAGAACAAGGGCAUGUGAUGCCACAGAAGUUAGGACAGCAGAGAUAACCACCCUCGAGGUUUGCGGGAAGCAAGGUCGAGGGGGCCUGAAGGCGAUCUUCAAGCCGAAGCCGCAGCCUGCUGCGCACAGUAUACUGACUCGCUGGUGGUGAAGCGUUUGUGAGAAUACAGGUGAAGCUCCCGGAACGCGUGAAGGCACAAGCCAGCUUCAGUGUGAACUCGGGCAGUCGACUUCGUCGUGCUUUACUCAUUGUUUGUGACAGAAGUAAAAAGACAAGAUCUUUG